AUGAACGAUCUUCACGAUGACGCUCGAUCCGAGAAGGAUCUAGAUAUCGGCUUCGAUCCUACACAUCUACUUGAGAAGGGAGACAAGCUCGCCAAUGUCACUAGCGAGGAGGUUGCAGCUCCUUUGUAUCGCGAUGCCCCACCAGAAGUCAAGGCCUGCGUACCUGAGGUCGACGAUGUCGAUACACCUUGUGAGACGUUUAGGGCGUAUAUCCUGGGAACUAUCUGUGCAGUUGUAGGCACUGGCUUAAACACAUGGUUCGGAUCGCGACAGCCCGGUGUCUAUGUCAGCCCGCUUCUCGCCCAAUUCAUCGUUCAUCCUGUGGGGGUGUUCAUGGCCAAGCUCUUGCCCACCCGUCGAUUCAAUCUGAUGGGUCACGAGAUGACUCUCAAUCCCGGACCAUGGAAUACCAAAGAACACACGAUCGUCACUCUGAUGGCUACCGUUUCUUUCCCUACCGCCACUGCCAUUGACAUUAUCAUCGCCACGAAGCUUCCAGUGUUCUUCAAUGAUCCAGAAUUGGGCGGCAACUUGGGAUAUCAAUUCCUCAUCGUCCUCUCCACUCAGUUCCUCGGUUUUGGCCUUGCAGGGAUGGCAAGAGAGUAUCUUGUUUUUCCUCCCGCUAUGAUCUGGCCUCUGAAUCUGGCCAAAGUAUCGCUGUUCAAUGCUCUGCACAGAAGGCGAUUCGACGAGCAUGGCGAAGUGGUCGUCGAUCAGGAGGCAGAUCGAGAUCCACCUGUACAUGGAUGGAGGAUCUCUGGAUUCAGGUUCUGUCUCUACGUCACCAUGGGCAGUUUUGCUUGGUUCUUCGUCACUGCUUUCUUGUGUCCUUUCUUGACCUAUUUCAAUUGGCCAACCUGGAUCGCCCCAACGAACAAGAAACUCGCAAUCAUCAUGGGCUCGUUCACCGGUCUUGGAAUCAAUCCAGUCCCAACUUUUGACUGGACCUUCAUUUCUGGAGCGGGUUUGACUCCCCUUAUCACACCAUGGUGGGCUACUCUGCAGAUCUUCAUCGGCGCCUCACUCGGAGUUUUGAUCAUUAUCGCUCUCUACUUUUCCAACACUUGGUAUACCUCUUAUCUCCUACCUAACUCAAACGCCGCGUUUGACCGUUUCGGACAUUCUUACAAUGUCUCACGAGUCCUCAAUCCGGACCACACAAUCAACGAGGUCAGCUACCGAGCAUACUCACCAUUGUACUACUCGGCAGGGUAUAAUCUCGUCUUUGGUGCCUACUUCGCUCAGUAUUCGGCUGCCAUCGUUUACGCCGUUCUAGAUCACGGAGAACAGCUCAAAAUUGGAUUCACAGUCGGGUACCGCCAAAUGAGAGCAUUGUUCUCCAAAAGACAUGGCAAGAGCGAAGUGGAGGAAGCGAGGGAGAUGAUGGAUUACGACAUCCACUAUCGGCUGAUGAAGGCCUAUCCAGAUGCCCCUCAGUGGUGGUUCGGUCUCAUCUGUCUGGCUGCCUUGAUCAUGGGCAUCGUGGCCUGCGAGGUCUACAAGAACACUAUGCCGAUCUGGGGUAUUUUUGUUUGUUUGGCGAUGGCAGCAGUCUUCUUGGUACCAUCAGGUAUCAUCAUGGCUAUAAGUAAUGUUCAGAUCAUCCUCGUCGUUUUAGCAGAGAUUAUUCCCGGUGCAGCUAUACCUGGAAGACCUUAUGCAAACAUGGUUUUCAAGAUCUACGGCUGGGUUGCUCUGAUCCAAGCUUUACUCUACGUACAAGAUCAAAAGCUCGCACACUACAUGCACGUCCCGCCCAGAGCUACGUUCCGGGCACAAAUGUGGGGCGUGCUCAUCGGGACAUUCGUCACGCUGGGAGUUAUCAACUGGCAAAUGAGCGUCGUACCAGAUCUUUGUGUACCGGGUCAGAAGGACCUUCUGACCUGUCCUUACUACACUACCUUCUUCUCUUCGGCUUUGUUAUUCGGGGUACUGGGACCCAAGAGAGUGUACGGAUCCAAAGGAUUGUACAAGAAUCUUCUCUGGGCAUUCUUUGUCGGUGCAGCUCUGACAAUCAUCGCGAGUCUAGCCAAGAGGAAGUGGCCGAAGAACAACGCAGCGAUCAAUAUCCCCGUUAUCAUUUCCGGAGCGCAAUAUUUUGCCCCUUACAAUUGGGCCUUCGUCUAUGCUGGGGUACCUCUUGCUUGGACAUUUAUGCGCUACCUAUACCGUCAUUAUCACAGUUGGUGGUCCAAGUACUGCUAUAUCCUGUCGAUUGGCUUGACUGUCGGUGCUGCUCUAUCCGGUAUAAUUCAGUUCUUCUGUAUCACCUACCCUGGAGCUAGUCUCAACUGGUGGGGUACUGAGUUUUAUGUCAGUGGGUGUGAUGGGCUUGGAUGUCCCCUGAAAGAGCUGCCUGAAGUGGGAUACUUUGGUCCUGGGGUAGGUCCAGCCGCCAUCAUCGGGGGAACCAUCCGCUGA